GCGUGACCGUCGCCGGGGUGCGCAGCGCCAUGUAUAAUGUACAUGUAAGAACAUGCCCUUAGGUGAGUCGCCGUCACUUAAAAUGGUUGCCAGGAGGAAGUCCCAGCAAGCCUCCACGGAUUCCGUUUAGCCGAUACAUUCGCGCGCACAGGGAGAAACGAAUAUGGGCGGAUUUACGUGCUUAGUUACCCUGCCGGAGAGGAGGGGCCAACAGAAGAAGCGAGAGGAAGAAGAGAGCAGAAGUAGUCAGAAGCAGUCCGACGAGCCGCCAACACGCCGCCAACACGCCGCCAACAUACCGCUAACAUACCGCUAACAUGCCGCUAACGCGCCGCUACACGCCGCCAACUCUCCGAAGAUGGAGUGCCUCGCGGAGCACCCGGAAUUCUUCGCCGGCGAGCUGAGGCCAAACGAUUUGAGCGACGUGCUGAAGAAGAUACAAAGCGAACUCCUUCGAGAGGAAGCGAGCCAAAUCAUUUUGAUCACCUCGGGGGGAACCAAAGUUCCAGUGGAGAAGGUGCCCAUCAGACACGUGGAAAAUUUCUCCACCGGAAAAAGGGGCGCACAUAUGUGUGAGUACUUCCUAAAGAAAAACAAAAAAGUAAUUUUUCUACAUCGAAGGGGUAGCUUCAUGCCAUUCGAGUGCCACUUAAGAUGUGCUGCUCGGAUGGACACUGUCCGUGUUGUGGACGGACAUGUGACGCUGAACUUGUCAGAAGAGGAAACCAACGCUGUGGUAAACGAUGCAAAAUCGUAUGAACAGUUCAGGCAAAAUCUUCUUUGUAUUCCGUUUGAAUCUAUUUUUGACUAUGGAUUUUACCUGACUGCCAUUUGCGAUUUGCUCAAUGAGGACUGGAGGGGAAGGCAAAUCGGGGAUACUACCCCUGAGGAAGUGAAGCCGAAUGGGGCUUCCCCCCUGCCACAUCUCAUCAUCUUAAGCGCCGCGGUGAGCGAUUUUUACAUACCCUAUGCAGAACUGAGUAGCAACAAAAUAAACAGCGAGACGAAUGUAACUUUCUCCCUUCGAAUGCAGCUAGCCCCCAAAUUUUACAAGCUUACGAGGAAGUACUUCCCCCUACUUAACUUCUGCAUGUUCAAACUGGAAGACGAUGAGCAGGCACUACUAAACAAAUCGAGCGAGAGAAUCCGUUUCGCCGAUAUAUUAGUCGCCAACUUGUUGCAUGAGCGUUAUAACUCUGUUUUUAUCUUCACAGGGAGAGACCAUUUCUUCAAACUUACGGCCUCGAAUGAGUCCGAGCGGAUUGAAGACGCCAUCUGUCGCUACAUUUGCGAGCACUUUGGGAUGGCGGCGGCGGGCCAGUAG